ACUGGACCUGGGAGAGUGGGGCUUCAGGUUCGAGUUCUGGGUGGGUGGAUGGGUGUGUGUGUAGGUGUGUGUGUGUGUAAAGUAGGGGGCGGGGCCAGGUCUGCUGUGUGUGUGUGUAUGUGUGUGUGUUGAGAAAGCCUGGCCCAGUUCUCCACUCAGCUCAGGCCAGCCUCCAGGCCAUGUGGACGAGGAACAGCGAGCGUUCCUGGGAAACAUUUUACUAAGGACUUUUAAAGCCGUUCUCUGGGUGUUAGUACCGGUUUUAUCUUUUGUUUUAACCUGUUUCUGGGUCGGAACCUUCAUUCUGGACCUCUUUGUGUUCUCAGGUUCUAAAAAAGUUCAUAAAGUUGGAUUUUAAGCUGUAUUGAAGCCGUGGAGCAGAAUUUAUCCUCUUUUAAAGCGUCUGUGUGGGUCCAGCAGGAUCGUACACACCUGUAAAAGGCUUUAUUAUUCAGUGAACUGAUUUAAACAGCUGUGUUUCUGUUAUGGAGAUCCCCCGGAGAAACACAACACACCCGUUUAUUCACGAGGUGGAGCUGAGCACAGCGCGCAGGACUCUGAGCAUCAUUCUGGGCUGUGUUCUCUUCCCCAUUCGCAUCACCCUCGCCGUCCUCUUCUUCCUCGUUGUGUGGCCUAUAGCUCGGCUGCGAUUGGCCGGGCUGUCGGAGGCGGAUCGGGCGCGGCCAGUGGAGGGAUGGCGCCAGUGGUUCCUGCAUCCCAUCGCCCUGUUCCUGAGUCGAGGGGUUUUCUUCUUCACAGGCUUCGUGUGGAUCAAGGUGAAGGGUCGUCAGGCGAGCAAGCAGGAGGCGCCGGUGCUGGCUGUCGCGCCCCACAGCGGUUUCCUGGACAUGCUGGUGCUGUGCAUGUCGGGACUGCCUACAGUGGUGUCUCGCUCUGAGAACUCCAAGCUGCCAGUAAUUGGAGCCCUGUUGGAGUUUAACCAGGCAGUGCUGGUGAGCAGAAAGGAUCCGGAGUCCAGGAGGAAGUGUGUGUCCCAGAUCAAAGAGAGGCUCACCUCUAACGGCUACUGGCCUCAGAUGCUGAUGUUCCCUGAAGGAACCACUACUAACGGCCGAGCCCUCAUCAAGUUCAAGCCUGGUGCUUUCUUGGCAGGUGUCCCAGUGCAGCCAGUGUUGCUUCACUAUCCUAAUAAACUGGACUCUGUCCGCUGGACUUGGAAAGGAACAUCAUGGCUUGAGUGUCUCUGGUACACGACCUCUCAGCUCUACACUAACGUUACUGUGGAGUUCCUGCCGGUCUACACGCCGUCUCAGGAGGAGAGAGAGAACCCUGAGCUGUACGCAGAUAACGUCCAGAAACUUAUGGCCAAAGCGUUAAAUGUUCCAGCUACAAAUUACGUAAUGGAGGGUCUUUUUCCUGCCACUAAACUGGGUGGUCUCUCACUUCCUCUGGAGUCUCCAGCUAAAGAGACCCUGAAACUCCUGCGGCGUCACGGUUUCAGUACUGAUCAGGUGGAGACGGUGGUGAACUCUAUGGUUGAUUACUGUCACUCAAAACAGGACACUGUGGUAAAUGUAGAACAGCUGACCAGCCUGCUGGGACUGACCGCCAAAAAGACCGCUGCAAAGAUCUGUUCCUUAUAUUCAAAGAAUGACACACUGGACCUGAGGCAGCUGUGUUUGAGUGUGUGUGCUGCUGCUUGUUUCAGUAGUCCAGAGGUUCUAAUUCAUACUGCAUUCACGCUGUAUGACCGGGAUGGUGAUGACCUCCUGAGCGCGGAGGAUCUGUCAGGCCUGAUGGCGGCGCUGGUGGGAGUUCCGCAGUACAGUAUUGGAGAGAUGUACACGGAGCUGAGCAGUAGACGACAGCCCACAGAAGCUGCGUUAUACGACCUGCUGACGACACAUCCAACCUACCGGAAGCUCCUCCAGGAUCACUUCCAGUCUGAAGGAGCGGAGAAGGUCAAAGCCGACGGAAAUCACAACGGCAUUCCCAACGGAAAAGCCGGUCACAACAACAACGGCUUCCAUAACGGAAAUGGAGUUGUCAGUAAGAAGAGUGAAUGAGGACCGUGGGGUUAUUUAAUUUAAGAAAGUGUCAUUGGGGAAGAACUGUAUUGCAAUAAAAAGGAAGAUGAAGAAAAAAAAGAUGCGGAAAAGUUCAAACACUAAAUGUAGAUCUGAUCUGAAAUCAGUCUCUAUGCACCCACCUGUUUUAUCCAAGACUGUAUUUGCUAUUAUUUUUUUAGGUGUGAAUGGUUUGUGUGUGUGUGUGUGUGUGUGUGUGUGUGUUUAAAUGUUCACUGUAUCAGAGGAAACGUUUACUGGUCUGUGUGAUUGGACUCCUGCUGGUUAUCUUUUUGACUUUUUGUCUUUUUGUUUUAUUGUUUCUCCAUGAUGAACCAAAGCCAUUAUUUGUACACUAUCUGUAAGUCUGUGAGUUUGUUGAGAUGGAUGUUGGUUUAAAGUGCCUUGAUAUUUGUACUUGUACAAAUUUUGUAUUAGUUUUAUGUUUACUGAAGGACUGUCUUUUUGUAUGUUCUUUUUUAAAUAUCUGCUUGUGAACCAAAGGAUUUCGUACCAAAGAAUGCUGUUCAAGGGACAUUUUAAUAUAUGAAGUUUGUAAAUAAAAAUGAAAUCAGGAUGGUU